AUGAUUGUGAGGGACCUCCAGCCAAUCUCAAUUGUUGAGGAUAGAGGUUUUAAUGCAUUUGUCAAGACCCUUGAUCCGCGCUAUAAAAUCCCAAGCCGCGAACGCUUGAUGGAGGGUACAAUUGCCGACAUGUAUAAAGACUGUCAAGACAAAGUAAAGGCAAAUUGUCAACGUGCACACAGUGUGGUUCUCACAACAGACAUGUGGACUUCAAGGUCCACAGAGGCAUAUUUGACUGUGUCCUGUCAUUUCAUUGACAACUGGCAAAUGCAGGAGUUUGUUUUAGAAACCUGUAGUUUUUAUGGACAGCAUACAGCUGACAACAUUAGUUUAGAGCUAAAAAGAAUAACAGAUGAAUGGGGCAUAACUCAGAAGGUGGUAGCAGUUGUUACAGGCAAUGGUGCAAAUAUGGUUUCUGCAGUGCACAAGGCUGGGUGGAAGCACUACCCCUGUUUCGCCCACACCUUAGACUUGGUGGUAAAAUAUGGAAUUAAAGCUGUUCCUGAAGUUGUUCAGCUCCUGGAAAAAUGCAGUAGCAUUGUAUCUUUUUUCCACCACAGCACGAAAGCCACAGAGAAGCUCAAACAAAUACAAAAGCAACUGAAGGUGGCAGAGCAUAAACUGAUUCAGUCAGUAGAAACAAGGUGGGAUUCUGUAUUCUACAUGUUGGAGAGACUCCAUGAGCAGAGGGAAGCAGUUACCACAGCCCUCUGUCUACUUGGAAAGAAUACCCUAUGCUUAAGCAAUGAAGAGCUAUCCAUGAUCCACCUUACCAUUGAGGCCCUGAGACCCUUCAAAGAGGCAACGCGGGAAGUUUCAGCCGAAAAACAUAUUUCUGUCUCAAAAGUGAUUCCCCUUGUGUCACUACUUCUCAGAGCAGCUGCAGCCACUGAACGUCAAGGUAGCUCCCUUGCCACAGAACUGGCACUGCAAUGUCAACGCAGAUUCCGUGGGAUUGAAACCCUUCACAGUCUCGCUGCCAGCACGUUCUUGGACAUAAGGUUUAAAAACCUUUCAUUUCGUGACAGAGACAAUGUGGAAACUAUGAAAAAGCGAAUGCUCACUGAAAUGCAGGAAGUCCAUCAGCCCACUUCAGAGUCACCACCGCCAGGCUCUACCUCAGCACCUGUGCCAAGCUCUGCCUCUGCACCUAUGCCAAGAUUUGCCUCACCAGUGACUCCUGCAUCUACCCCAAGCUCUGCCCCAGCUACACCAAAAGGAGGGAUAUGGGCGGAUUUUGACAUUCAAGUUCUGUCUGCCCAACAGCACCGCUCAACAGGUACUGAUGCACUCAUUGAAAUGCGCCGUUACUUAGAGGAAAAGUUAAUUCCCCGGGACGAGGACCCAUUACAUUGGUGGCAAGAUCAUGAGCAAACAUUCCCAUCUCUAAGCAGACUUGCAGCAAAAUACCUGGGAUUCAUUGCUUCAUCCGUACCCCGUACCCUUUUUCAAAGGCAGGAGAGUUAG